GUCUUAUGUUUGUACAGCAUGUUGGGGCGUGUCCUCACCGCAUGUCAGCCAGGUAGUACAGUACUGACUGACAUUUACUGCACUACAUUCAAGUUGGAUUAUAUGUACUUUACAAUCUAUCAUCCGACUCAAAACUUUACUCACGUUUAAUAUCGGCGGUCAUUAUGGCGGUGUUUGUCAACUGUAACGUGCUGUUAGAUGUGAGGACUUUGCCUUUUAAAGAGAAGAAGAAGCUGAGGUCAGCUCUUCUGGAUAAUGGAGGAAACAUCACUUAUGUGGUCAACAAACAGUGCUCUUUUGUGGUGACUAGCAGUGUGGAUGAUCUGAGCAGUAACAGACAGAAGAGCAUUCACAAGUUUCAGAUCCCUGUGGUUGGGAUGCAGUAUGUAUGGAGUUGUCUGGAUAAAGGUCAUCUCCUGCCUUUUGCAGAGCAUGUUUUGACCCCACAACUGACACACCCCAGUUCUCAACACAGCUUCCUACGUAAUCCAGAGUUAAAAGUGUUGACUCAGAUACCAGUAAAAGGGAGCGUCAUAGGUCAAACUCGGACUGAGAUUGUUGAGAAGGGCGGACCCCAUCCCGGGAAGUUUAGAAUUUACAAAGGUAAUCAUGAUCUGCCUGAAUUUCCUUCACAUUUUCAAGUGGCCAAGUAUUCCUUUUUUAAGAAGAGUAACUCGAAGACUUUAUCAGUUUUGGAGUUACAGAGUGCGAAAGGAGAAGCUGACCAACAGUAUCGCGUCUUGUGUUCAGUCUUGCAUGAAUCAGAGAAGAAAGUGUUAUGGGACAAGCUUGUGUACUGCAGCACCUCUGAAGAUGCUUUGGAAGCGUAUGUGAUGCUGAUGAAAGAAGAGAAAGAUAAAGGAUUCACACAGAUUUUUACACUUCCCCCUGAGGCUGAGCGCUUGGCAUCCUACAGCUUAAAACAGCUUCUUUUGGAGGAGAAGCUGAACUGCAGCACACUAUCACAGGAAGUGGGCGUCUUCGUGGAGCUGGUUUGGACCGAAGCUCUUGGUUCUCUUAGUAAAAUCCUCACGGUCCCUGUUUCCAGCAUCAGCCUUAAUGAUGUGAGCAGGGUGGAGGGAUUGCUGCUGCAGGCACAAAAGACUCAAGAUGAGGAUAAAGUCAAGACCCUGCUGGAGGAGGUCAACACUCUUCUACCCCUUCAAAUAGCCGACCCUCCUUCCAAACACAAGCUUGUGUCUCAGAAACUAGACCUUUGUCAGCUGAUCCGAGAUAUUCUGAAUGUGAGUGAGGCCACUAUGAGAAGCCCCUUACCCUCCUCUUUGGGAAAGUAUCGUGCCCUGAGGUGCAGCAUUGAUGUGGUCCCAUCAGAAAACCCUGAGUUCACUGUUAUCUCUCAAAUGCUUCAAGACAAGCCUAUUCAGAUUCAGCAGAUUUUACGUGUAAGCAGGGGGGUGGAGCUUCAGAUGUUUAGGGAGGAGCUUGGCAACAUUAGGCCCCUCCUCCACUCGACUGGCACCAACAGUUUUGUUGGAAUACUUUCACGAGGUUUGCUGCUGCCCAGGGUCGGAGUGGAACAACACGGAAUUGAGAGGACAGAUAUCGGGAAUCUUGGAGGAGGCAUCUACUUCAGUGAUUCUCUGACGACUAGUGUGAAAUACUCCAAGCCCAGCGUAGCCGAUGGCUCUCGACUGCUGUUGGUGUGUGACGUGGCUCUGGGCCAGUGCAAGAACCUGCUGAAAAGAGACACCACUUUGACCUGCGCCCCCGAGGGCUAUCACAGUGUACAUGGAGUCCGCCGAACUCCAAAAACUACCUCAGAGUUUCAGGAUGAUGAGUAUGUUGUAUAUAACACAGAUCAGAUCAAACUCAAGUAUGUAGUGCAGUACACUUUAGAGGAAGACCAGCUGACAGAGUUUCAUCCUCAAAUCGACACUUCUGAGGAGCUUGCACAGCCCACCGAAACAAUCUUGCCCAUUGAUGACAGUGAAGGUCUGGAGUGCACUAAGAAUCCUCUAGAGGAGAUGACCGCGGGUCUCCUGGACAGCAGUGGCAAGACACUUCCUCUGAAGGCUGUCCAUGUGAGGUGCAAAUUGAUAGACUUGUUUUGUGAGGUCAUAAUUUUUCAGACGUACUUAAACCAGAGUGAAGUUCCCAUUGAAGCGAAAUACGUCUUUCCACUGGAGGAAACAGCAGCGGUGUGUGGAUUUGAGGCCUUUAUCAAUGGAAAGCAUGUCAUUGGAAAGGUUAAGGAAAAAGAACAGGCUCGUAAGGAAUACAGAGAAGCAAUAGGGAAGGGCUACGGAGCGUAUCUAAUGGACCAGGAUGAACCUGAUGUAUUUACUAUCAGUGUUGGGAACCUUCCUCCAGGAGCCACAGUUUUGAUCAAGGUGACCUUCAUCACUGAGCUGGUUGUGAGAGGAGGCUCCAUCAUCUUCUCUCUGCCCGGCAGUGUAGCACCGUGGCAGCAGAGCGCCGCUCUCAAUCAGAAAACUCAGGGAACUGUUGAGAAGAUCUCUGUGACAGAGCUUCAGUCAAAGGGGGAGUUCUCUCUGCGUAUGUCCAUUGAAAUGCCUUAUGAGAUCAUCAACUUAGAGUCUUCACACCUCAUCAAAAUCAAGAGGACAGACUGUAAGGCUGUGAUCAGUACUUUGCCAGGACAAACUCUUGGAUCUGAUGGGCUCCAGGUGACCUUCAGUCUUUCUAACAUACACAUGCCCAGAAUGUGGGUGGAGAAACAUCCAGACAAAGAGAGUCAGGCCUGCAUGUUGAUGUUUUAUCCAGACUUUAAGUCUAACUCUGAAGGUCCAUCCAGUGUGAGUGAUGUCAUCAUCUUGUUGGACACCUCAGAGUCAAUGCGGGGAGACGCCAUGCUAAACGCUCGCAGGAUUGCUCUUCAAGUCCUUAACUCUUUAGACCGCUCAGUAAAGAUCAACAUCAUCUCUUUUGGCACUGAUUACAAGGAAGCGUUUCCUGCACCAGUGCUCUUAGAUGAAACCUUUGAAUCAGCCAGAAAAUUCAUUAUGUCGUGUAAUGAAACGGGUGGCAGCACUGAGUUGUGGAGGCCUCUCCGUAGCCUGAGCCUGAUACCUCCAUCACAUGGCAUGAGAAACAUCCUGCUGAUCUCUGAUGGACACGUACAGAACCAGGCGCUGACUCUUCAGCUGGUCCGAGAAAACUCCUGCCACACGCGAGUCUUCACCUGCGGCCUCAGCCUGACAGCUAAUCGUCAUAUGCUCAGAGCUUUGGCUCAAGCAGGGGGUGGGACGUAUGAAUUUUUUGACACAAAGAUGAAACACACAUGGACAGAGAAGGUGCGUGCUCAGGUUCAGCGGGUGGAGUCUCCCGGCUGUAGAUCAGUGGCAGUGAAAUGGCAGCAAUUUAAUCCCACAGCGCCCCCUCCUGUUCAGGCCCCCUCACAGCUUCACGCUCUCUUCAGUGACUGUCAUACACUCGUGUACGGCUUUGUGCCACACUGUACUCAGGCCAUGCUGUUUGGUGAUCUGAGUGGACAGGAGAUAAAAACAAUGGUGUCGACCACAGAACUUCAAAAGACGAAAGGAACUUUCCUUCACAAGUUAACAGCCAGAGCGAUCAUCAGAGAUUAUGAAGAUGGCAUACUCGGAAACAGUGAGGCAGAACAUGAGGGAAAGAAAGCAGAGCUGAAGUCUUACAUCACUGAACUCAGUAAAGAGUUCUCCGUCUUGUCUCAGUUCACCAGCUUUGUGGCCAUUGAAGAGAGGGACCAGAAUCAGCUUGACACUGGAUUCACAGAUAUUCCUAAACUAAUCGCAGAAGAGGAUGUGGAUAUUCUGCCUUAUAUAGGCUGGACUGAGGAUAAAGAAGAGAUAGACUCCGUCAGAUGCAUGGCCUUGGAUUUGGACAGUGCUGCUGUAAAUGGCGGAGUUUUUGAUAUGUUGAGCGAGGAUUUUGAGUUGGAUAGCUGCAUUAAAAGUUAUGAAUCUCCUCUCCAAUAUGUUUCCAAACGUUUUAGCUCAGAGUCUCAGGAUGAACUGAUGUCAAAUUUAAAUUUGCAGGCUUUGCAAAUGAUUGAUGUUGAAGCUGAAAUGUUUUCACAAUCAAAAGAAAUCUUUGACGCUGAUUACACAGAAUAUGAAGAGGAAUUUAGCCAUCGUUUAGCCAGAAGAUUCCCCUUGAGGGAAAGAGCUCCCUUUCCACGUAGGACCAAGAUGAACUUCUAUAUGACUCCUAUAUGUCAUUCACCUCCUCCUGGUGCCCCUCAAGUUGAGCUUAGAAAAAGUAAAAGAAGCCCACUGUAUCCUCCGGCUCCUACUGGGCCCCCUUCUCCUGUCUUUGGUGCCAAGAGAUCUGGAGGUUUGCGUAGGGGUUGUGAUGAUGACUUCCGAGAAAGAAGACGUUCAUCAGAUAUUGAUUUUUUUCAGUGCAACAUGCAAAAUAGUGUGUCUUCUGCACCUGCUUUAUUUAGAGAAAGGGAACAAAUAAGAUAUAAACAACCGAGGUCAGGCAGGCAAGAAACAUACAGACGUACCAUAGUGGCAUGGGAUGAGCUAUUUCAGCUUCAGCAUGAGGAUGGAUACUGGGAAUGCACUGGGAGGCUCGGUAGCUUUCUCAGCCUGGACAUAGACUUUUUUGCUAAUGUCUUCCUUAAAGAGAAAGGCAUUUGUUCACUGGGUGCAAAGGCUCAUGCAGAUAUUUUGAGACUGGUGGCCACUCUGUUGGUGCUGCAGCUGAUUCGAGUAAAGAAGUCAGCCGAGGGGAAGCUGCUUCAGUCUCUCUUCUCUCUGAAAGACUCUGAGGGUCCCAGGCCAAUGCACUGGGAAGCUGUGAAGAAAGCAGUGGACUGGGCUUGCUGGGCAGAUAAACAAUAUCCAUGUGUGUGCAGCAGACUGGAGUUCGGCUGGGAUUGGGAAUCAUCCACACGCCAGUUACUGGGCUAUGAUUCAGCACUUCCAUACUCUCCACUCAUACCUGUUCUGGACAGGCGUGUGCAUGGCCGGACUUACCAUUGGGAUUGAUUGGGCUUGAGCCCAGGGGCCCCCGUGCUUGCGUUCAUUUGAUUUGUUCAGUAAUAUGAACGUUGUUUUCAUUUUUUUUUACAGCCUUUUGGUUGGUCUAGUGUGGUUAACUAGACCUAAACUUUGUAAGAAAUAGUGCAGUAAAUUUGUUAAAGGCGGGGUGCAUGAUUUCUGAAAGCCAAUGUUGAUAUUUGAAAUCACCUUAACAAACACGCCCCUACCCCAAUAGAAUCUGGACCUUCUUUUGAUAGAACCGCCCACACAUACACAACCCAGGCAAUGAUGUCAGUUAGUAGACACGCCCCUUACUGCUGAUUGGCUACAAGUGUGUUUUGGUACUCGGCCUGACUCCCUUUUCUAAAGUGUUUUUCAAAAAUCAUGCACCCUGCCUUUAACUCCUGUUAGCAUUGCACAGUGACCAAAUCUUUCAAACAUGGUAAGGAACUUCACAUUUCCAGCUGACGUCAGAGGUAUUCAGGCCAAUUAUAACGUACAGAUUAGCUGGCCAAUCAGGGACACAGAGCUUUUCAUAUCGAUGUGUUUUGUACAAAAUCAGUGCGUUUCAUGAAGCAAGGAAAAACUAGAGAUACAAAAAUGUACAGUGUGUGGAAAAUAAUGUGUUUUUUUAACCAUAAACCAUGCGAACACAUUGUAUUAAACCAAAUACACAUUAUUAAUUUGAAUUGAUUUACACAUCAUGCAGUUAAUUUGAUUAUUGACAGUACUAAAAAUACAUCAUUUAAUUUUAGACUUGGCUUAUGUUCUGCUUCAGAGAUAUAGGGGCAGUUUACUAGACCGGUCUUAUCCUACUCCCAGAAUAAAAUGCAUGUUUGAGCUGCCUUCAUUUAAAAACAUCUUGCACUGACAUAUCUUAAUAUAUAUCUUACCACUGUCUUGUCUCAAGACGCACCCCAGUAUUGUUUUCUGUAAGGUUUGUUUGUAAAAACUACUUAAAUGUCCUAAUAUAACUAAGGCCUAGUCCUGUCUAAACCUUCUUCGGGAAACUGCCCUAUAUGAUAUAUUUUCUAUUUUAGGUUGUUUACUGUAUGUGCACUCUCAAAUACCCUUUCAAAUAGUACACCUUUGUAGCUAUACAGUGCAUAUAAUGAGUACAAAUGUACCCAUAUCUGUACCUAAAUGGUAAAUAUUAGGACCCAUUUAAAGGGUACCACCCCAGUGACAGCUUUUGUACUUUUUAUUCUUAGAGUGUAGGGCCCAAAAUGUACUCAAGCCCAGGGGACCACACCCCGGUAAGUCCUGCCAUGGGUUUAUCGGUUAUUUAGUAAUUGGGCAGAACUUUUCGUUUACAUUUCUUGUUUCAAUUUCUGACCUCAAAACUUUAUAACAAUGUCAAUAACAUUUCAUAUUCUGUAGUCUCAAACAAUAUAUUAAAGAAUAAUUUACUCAAACAAUGAACUUUUGUCAUCUUGAACUUACUUUAAUGUUGUUUUAAUUGCUUUUGACUUUUUUUGUGUAACACAAAAUGUUGUGAUUUAUUUUCCUUUCCAUACAAUAGAAAUGAAUGAUAACUGGGGCUUUUCAAACCCAGGAAAACAAUGAAAAGUC